ACCAGAGUCGCAGAGUAAAACACAGAAGAAAUGCUCGGUUCAUAGUUUAUUGUUAUUAUUUUCAGUUUUAAUAGUUUAAAAACGACGUCCUUUUUAGAGUACUUGCUUCCAUCCACGGCUCCAUCGUGCCAUUCCACUGCAGUCUGCAUUUUAUUCCUGUUUGGAUAGAAGCGUUCAUUUCACAUUUCGACACGCCGACCGCCCAGAGAAAGCAAGGAAGUUGGCAGGAAACUUUUGAGUAUUUAAAUGUUUUAGCUGGUAGCGGAAAUGGCGAGUAAACUUUUAGCUUUAUGUAUCGUGUUGUCGACGAUUUGCAACCUGGUGCAGCUUUCGUUGGAACAAGUCUGCAAUAUCGAUGAUGCAAGUCGUGUCGACUGUGGAUGGCAUGGCAUAAAUGAAGCCACAUGCACAUCAAGAAACGGGUGUUGCUUUGAGCGUUCAUCAGCAAGUGGAUUUCCUUGGUGCUUUUACAAUUCAAAUAUAUCUGCAAUUCUGAAGUCAGUAUCUGUCUGUGAGCAUGCAGGUCCAGCAAGACUUGUUUGCAAUAACAAUCAAAGAGUGGAUGUCCAUGAUGCGUUUUACGGUCGAAAUAGAGAUGACGCGUCCUGUCACAAUUCCGGCACUGUAACCUGCUUUAACCCAAGUGCAACUGAGAUCGUCAGAAGCAUAUGCAAGAUGAAUUCUACAUGUACCGUGUCACCAAAGGGUAGUAUUUGGAAUUUCGACUCGAACUGUGAUAAGCUUAAUGCACAGCUGAAGAUUCAUUUCUUUUGUGUCGCCAAAGAAUCGUCGAUCAAUGCGUCAUCUUCUUUAGCAACAUCUUACUUCGCUAUUAACGUCACCACCAGCAUAUAUCGAGCUUCUUCUAGUCCCUCAAUUAUUUUGACAUCCAGAAUCGCGCCUAGCUCUUCCUAUUUGAUGGAAACAACCUCUUUGAAAUCAAUGGAAUCAAGUUCAGGGAGCAUGUAUACGUCAUCGACAGAAGUUGAGCAAUCUACCAGUGAAGAAUUGUCUGUUUCUACAACAACAACACCAACAGACUGGGAAACUCCUACACAGAGUUGGGUGUUUGAGAUGCUGACAUCAAUCGCAGAGGUCCAGGGCUCUUCAUUCCCAUCAGAUGCGCUACGAAUGUCAUCAACUUCAAGUCUGUCCUCAUCUUUGACUACAGUUACCGAUUACCCAACAUCAUACUCUUUUCCAGAAAUGUCUACGUUUUCAGUUGCAAGUAGAAAUUCAACAAAGCAUCUUUCGUCACCAGUUUCCUACACGUCAUCGGUCUUCGCAAGCUCUAUUAAGUCUGUUUACAAUUCUAGUGCAGCACACUCUAGUGCAGCAACAGCAGUAUCAACAGCAGCAGCAACAUCAACACCAGCAGCAACGCCCUCAACAACUGCUAAUGUGAUGGUAGCCACGACAAGUCUUCAUGCAUCGCCUCCCAGGUCUAGUAGCCCAAUGGCCUCUUUGACUUCACAGUCUUCGAGAGUCUCUUCGCGAAGUGGUAGAGCAACAGUAUCUAAGCCUACUAGCAAGCAAACAACGAUUCAAACUGAUAAAAUUUCACCAACGAGUAGUGCAGUUUCCUCUGGUGUUUCACCGUCCAUAACAGUAGUUGAAAAGGAAGACAGAUCUGCAGGCAAAUCAAACAGACAGACAGUGAUUGUGGCUGGGGCUGCUGGAGGGGGCUUUCUACUUUUUAUCAUAAUCAUCAUUAUUGUCUUGCUGGCAAAGAAAAGGCCUUGCGGUUCGCCAUACAAAAACGAGCUUUUAACAGACCAUUUGUAUGUGAUGAGCACGGGAGGCGACGAGCAAAUAGCAAUGGAUGAUGUAAAAGAAUCAACUGUGGUACAUCUCAGUACAAAGCAUUUAGGAGGGUACAAGAACGAGGCUGUUCAAGAGGAUGAUGAAGAGAGCCCAGUAAUAUACAACAACAGCUUGUACUCUUUCGUACCAAAACAGGCGAAAGAUUGAAGAAACUUAUAACAGAAAACUAAUUUAUUGAGCUGGCAAAUGAAGAAGACUCUGUCAAAUUUCAAGAAAAGAAAGCACCCACAGAGAAUUCAUAAGCCAUUACAUUGUACCUUAGCUUAUAUCAUGUCGAAUAUUUAAACUUGAUCUUGUCCCCCGUUUUCCUUAAUGAGUCGUCAUCAAACCUCUUGCAAACCGAAAUCAACUAUACACCCCAGGGGGUCUCCCAUUAAGGCCUGACCGGGGGCUCCAGUUGAUUUGAGGGUCAUACCAAAUAGCUACCCAAUGGCCCAGUUUCGAUGAUAACACAAGGGCUUAGUUUAAUUUGCGAUUUACUAUAGGUCUUAAUGGGAGUACCCCCUGGGCUAUAGACGUUUUUCGAACGCCACUCUCCAUGCUUUUUAUGACUAUAUGCACCCACUAACAAAUGAUGCAUUAUAUGAUUUUCAAUUACAAUGAAACAUUUUAGAAAUAUUUUGCAUCCCUUUUAAUUUUUGUUUUUGUGAAACUCUUACACAGUUAUAGUAGAUGUCCUGUACUGAGAUUUCUCAAAAGCCAUUCUUUGGUUUUAGAGAUGAAGGUAGCCCUUACCUAAAAACUUUGCGCUUGAUAAAACUAGGCAUUGGAGAUGUUAACUCACACAGAAAAGCACAUUAUUGCUUGGUUACAUUGUGUUAAACAAUUCUAUAACGCAAUUUUAGGUCACUUGCAGAUAUGAGCCUUCACGCUAGAUGUAUAUUAGUAUGGUGUAGUUCGUUGAACUUUUCCACGCAGUGAUAUGAUUAUCAUUAAUCUCUUGCUUGAAGUUCUGAUGUUUUAGGGUCAUAUAACGCUUUAGCUGGCUAAAGACAAUUUUUUGCUACGAAAUUGAUAGAUAUUGAAUAAAUUUAAAAUUAUAUGAGAAAAUAUUGAUAUUUUAAGAAGCACUUCACUUGAAUUUGUUCAAAUUGUCCAGAAAUGGAGACCUAGAUUUUGACCCUUAUGGAGUAAGGAAUUGAGUAAUUCUUAGGCAUUAAAGAUACGUCAAACAGACCUCCCUUUUGAUAACCUUAAAUGUUGAUAUGGAGUAGAAAUGAAGCAGUAUUUUGACAUGCUUUCCAGACAUAGGAUUAUAAAGAGAUCUUCGUAUCACUCACACCACCCAGGAAAUACGUUUUCAAAUCCUUCAACGCAUCUUGUCUCCAUUUGUGGGCACAACCACGUUUGUAAAUAGAACUGAUUUAUAUUUUGCAACUCGGCUUUAUUGGUGUAUUUGCCGAUUGGAUUGAAGAAAUUCCUUGUAAUUUAUUUUAUGAACAUCUUGUUGUUUUAAA